UGGGUCGGAUGGGUUAUGGAGGUUGUAGGAGAGAUGAGAUAAUGGUCAAACUAUUGAGGUGGAAGUGAAUGUUAGGCAUCUCGGAGAGGGAGGGACAUUCCCAACUAGAAAUUGAGGAGAUUUAAGUUGCCGCCUGCUUUGAUUUCAUUCUCAGGAGGAAUCCAAUCACUCUUUUCUCCUAAAAAGAUGCAGAGGAAUGGAGUGAGAAGAGCCCACUCUUUAUGGUGCAAGAGUUUAACACACAACUUGCCUCAUCAUCAUCAUCCUUGUAUUCCUCUCACCACUAUGUCUAGUUUGGAGGCUAUUGACAAGUUCCAGGGAAGAGAUUGCAGCACCUCAAACAGUUGCAAUGAUGAUAAAAGCUCCGGCAAAGAGUCAUUUCCGUGGAUAAGGCAGUCUCGGAGAGUAUCUCAAGGACAACUUCUACAUGGGAACUCUGCAGUUUCUCGGACUCUAUGGGAACCCAAACAUUUUCACACCUUUAGCAAUGACAAGAAGCUCCUUAGAGAAGUACCCAAGUUUGUGAAGAUUGUAGAAGUUGGUCCAAGGGAUGGCCUACAGAACGAGAAAAACAUAGUUCCCACUUCUGUUAAGGUGGAACUCAUUCGUAGAUUGGUUUCUGCUGGUUUGCCCGUCGUCGAAGCUACAAGCUUUGUUUCUCCUAAAUGGGUUCCCCAGCUUGCAGAUGCAAAGAAUGUAAUGGAUGCAGUAAAUACUCUACAUGGGGCUCGAUUCCCAGUUCUGACUCCCAAUCUUAAAGGUUUUGAAGCAGCUGUAGCUGCAGGUGCUAAGGAAGUUGCAAUCUUUGCAUCGGCUUCCGAGUCUUUCUCUUUGUCAAAUAUUAACUGUUCCAUUCAAGAGAGUCUCUUGAGAUAUCGCGCUGUUGCCACUGCUGCAAAUGAUCAUUCCAUUCCUCUCCGUGGGUAUGUAUCUUGCGUGGUCGGGUGUCCAGUGGAAGGAGCGGUUCCACCUUCAAAAGUAGCGCAUGUUGUUAAAGAGCUCUAUGACAUGGGCUGCUUUGAGAUUUCUCUUGGUGAUACCAUUGGAAUCGGCACUCCUGGUUCUGUGGUUCCCAUGCUUGAAGCCGUGAUGGCAGCUGUGCCAGCGGAAAAGCUGGCUGUUCACUUCCACGAUACCUAUGGACAAGCUCUUGCAAACAUAUUGGUAUCUCUCCAAAUGGGAAUAAACAUAGUAGACUCAUCAGUUGCUGGAUUAGGAGGUUGCCCAUAUGCAAAAGGAGCCUCAGGAAAUGUAGCCACGGAAGAUGUGGUUUACAUGUUAAACGGUUUGGGGGUCCAAACCAACGUCGAUUUGGGAAAGCUUAUAGCUGCUGGAGAUUUCAUCAGCAAGCAUCUUGGCCGUCCAAACGGUUCCAAGGCUGCUGUUGCUCUUAGCCGUCGGAUCACAGCUGAAGCUUCCAAGAUAUGAUUGGGUGUUUGUUUAUAAGAAGAUUUUUACAUAUGUAAACUCUGUUGGAACUCUGUUUUUUCGUUCAAAUGAAUAGGCUGACAUUUUGAAUU